UUACAACUGCCUGAUCUCCCAGCGACCUAUCAAGUGGUGCUCUUCUGCUUGGCUGAAAUGUUAGCAUUCCCAAGGAAUGAAGCUUUUUGUUUCCUUUGGAUUUCUUUUGUUUUCAUCUCUGCAUGGGUUCAGCAAGGAACAAAAGCCUUUCAGUGUGACAAUGGGUUGUCCUUGCCCCCUGACAACGUGUGUGACUUCACAGAUCAGUGUGGGGACAAGAGCGAUGAACAGCAAUGCUCCAGUUAUGAAAGAUGUGAUUUUGAAAAUGGGCUCUGUAGUAUGACACAAGAUCAGAGUGUGCAACUUGGUUGGACAAAGAGAAAUGGGAUGACUGGUCUCUCACCUCCAUUUUAUGAUCACAACGGUGAUAUGUCUGCCCACUUCCUCUCACUGGUCUCCAAAGUGGGUUCUACUUCCUCAGACUUAAGAAGCAGAGUUUUUCUUCCGACGAAUAACCAACAUGCUUGUCAGAUUGCAUUUUAUUACUUCUCCAGCCAAGUGAAUGGCAAAUUAAUGGCUGGCCUUCAAACCACAUGUGGUGGACCCAUUCAGCAUUUAUGGCAAAACACAGCUGGGCUCCAGAAUCAGUGGGAGAGAAAGGUCAUGAACGUCCAGAGCAACGAGAAAUUUCAAGUUGUUUUUCAAGGUCAAAUAAUUUCAACUCCUGAACAGGAUGAAGUCAUAGCUAUUGAUGAUAUAUCUUUCAGUUCAGGCUGCUUGCCUGCAAAUGAUGAAAUUUUACCAUGUCCAGAAACACUGAAUACAGAGCAGGAACCGUGCCAUCUAGAUGCAAGUCUCUGCAGUUCUAAUUCUACAGAUGAAGGAUUGAGGUUGUAUCAGGUCUGUGGAUUUGAAUUUGACAUGUGUGACUGGGUGUCAGAAACAUCUGCUGGGCAAAUUUCCUGGAUGCGCACAAAAGCAAGAGAAGUUCCCGCGUUACAAUCUAUACUCCAGCAGGAUCAAAGUAGUGAUGAAGGUUAUUUUAUAUGGGUAGGAGCUAAGGAUGCUUCUACUCUUAACUAUGUAGACAGCAGGGCUUAUUUAAAUAGCUCUGUGUGUCACUGCCUGGGCAAGAGCUGCCAUCUUCAAUUCUAUUAUUCCAUGGAAAACAGUGUUCUGAGAGUAGGACUAUACAAUAAUAAGGAAGAAGUAAUAUCUUGGAUAUACAGCACAUCAACGGACAGAAAAUGGGUGAAAGCAGAGGUGUUAAUACCAGAAAGCCUGAAGACAUUUAAGAUUAUAUUGGAAGGGACUAUUUUGAGCCAGAAAGGUUUUAUUGGGCUGGAUCAGCUCUGGGUCUAUGCCUGUGCACUUGCCCCCUCCGGAAGGCUUUGCCCUACAGAUGAAUUCACUUGUGCCAGUGGCCAGUGUAUUGCCCAAGAAUCGGUCUGUGACUCGCAGCAGGACUGUUCUGAUGACAGUGAUGAAGACCCAGCAACUUGCUCAGAUCCCCUCACAUGUGACUUUGAGUCUGGUUUCUGCGGCUGGGAGCCGUUUCUCACAGAAGAUUCACAGUGGGAAGUCAUGAAAGGAUUGGCCAGUGGAGAGACCCACCUUCCUGAUGCCGAUCACACAGCAAACUCAAGUCGUGGAUCAUUCAUUUAUUUCGGAUCCCAUCAGUCUCAGGGAGUGGCCAAGCUUGGAAGUCCUAUUCUUACAAAAGCACUCACUGCCUCUACCCCAUGUCAGGUGAAAUUUUGGUAUCAUUUGUCCCGGCAUUCACAUCUCUCCGUUUUUACAAGAACAUCACUGGAUGGGGAUUUGCAAAAGCAAGGUGAUCUAAUUGGAAUCUCCAAAUCUCAGUGGAAACAAGCAAAAAUCAAUCUCUCUGUGAGGGCUGGAGAAUCUACUCUACCUUUUCAGUUGAUUUUGGAAGCUACUGUUUUAUCCUCAAAUGCUACUGUUGCUCUAGACGACAUCAGUAUAUCCCAGGAAUGUGAAAUUUCUAAUGUGUCACUUCCAGGUACCAGCAUUCUAAAGAAAGGAGAAGAGUAUGUUUUAUCCUCUCCAUCUCUUAAUUUUGAAGCUGGGUUUGUGUCAUGUGAGGAUGCAGGCUAUAUUUCAUCCAGCAAAUUCUGUGAUUUUCCCUCUGACUGUCCAAAUGGAACAGAUGAAGCCAAUUGUGGUUCCAAAUGUGACUUUGAAGCACAUAGCUGUGGUUGGUUUGAAGCAAUCAGUGGUGACAAUUUUGACUGGGUUUGGAACUCUAGAAGUAACCUUUCGGCUGAAUUUGAGCAACAAGCUCCACCUUGGGAUCAUACUCACAACACAGCUGAAGGGCAUUUUCUGUUCAUUCUGAAGAAAAGCAGAAGCAUGUCCCAAGUUGCCAAACUCCAGAGCCCAACCUUUAGCCAGGCGGGACCUGGAUGCACGCUUUCCUUCUGGUUUUAUAAUUAUGGCCUCUCAGUGGGAGCAGCUGAACUACAGCUACACAUGGAAAAUUCCAAUGACUCUACAGUACUCUGGAGAGUAUUAUAUAACCAGGGCAACCAGUGGUCACAGGCGACUAUUCAGCUUGGACGCCUUACUCAGCCCUUCUAUUUGUCACUAGAUAAAGUCAGUCUUGGCAUUUAUGAUGGAGUCUCAGCUAUCGAUGACAUCAGAUUUGAAAAUUGUACUCUUCCCCUUCCUGCGGAGAGCUGUGAAGAGCCAGAUUUUUUCUGGUGUCGACACAGCAAGGCUUGCAUAGAAAAGCUUCUGUUAUGUGAUCUGGUAGAUGAUUGUGGUGAUCACACUGAUGAGGAUGACUGUGUACCUGAACUCCAAUGUAACUUUGAAAAUGGAAUUUGUAACUGGGAGCAAGAUACAGAAGAUGACUUUGAUUGGACCAGGAAACAGGGUCCAACUUCCACACUUAAUACAGGGCCAAUGAAGGAUAAUACUUUGGGCACAGCUAAAGGACACUAUCUCUACAUAGAAUCUUCGGAGCCACAGGUUUUCCAAAACAGAGCUGCUUUACUCAGCCCUGUCCUCAACGCCACCGUUGCAGAGGGCUGUAUCUUCCAUGUAUAUUACCACAUGUUUGGAAAGCACAUUUAUAGGCUGGCCGUCUACCAGAGAAUAUGGAGUAACACCAGAGGACAGCUGCUGUGGCAGAUAUUUGGGAAUCAAGGCAACAGAUGGAUAAGGAAACACCUCAGUGUUUCCAGCAGGCAGCCUUUUCAGAUUUUGGUGGAGGCUUCAGUAGGAGAUGGCUUUACUGGAGACAUUGCAAUCGAUGAUUUGUCAUUCAUGGGCUGUGCCCUCUACCCUGGUACUUUGCCAGUGGACCUCCCAACUCCACCAGAAAUGUCAGCUCCAGUAACAUUACCUCCACACAACUGUAUAGAUGAUGAAUUUGUUUGCAAAUCUGAUGGUCACUGUGUUGAAAAAAUCCAGACAUGUGAUUUUAGAUAUGACUGUCCUGACCAGUCAGAUGAAUCAUUCUGUGCUACGAAUGUUUGCAGCUUUGAAGAAGGAAGCCUGUGUCAAUGGUACCAGCCAAUCCCAGAAAACCUAAUUCAAGAUUCGAACACUUUCAGAUGGGGACUUGGUAAUGGAAUCAGUAUUCAUCAUGGGGAAGAAAAUCACAGGCCAUCGGUGGAUCAUACAACAAACACCACAGAUGGCUGGUACCUGUAUGCUGAUAGUUCAAAUGGAAAAUUUGGUGACAUGGCUGAUAUACUCACUCCUGUUAUUUCACGCAUGGGACCAAGAUGUACCCUGGUGUUCUGGACUCAUAUGAAUGGUGUCACAAUUGGUUCUCUCCAGGUCCUCAGCAAGAAAGACAAUGUUACUGCUAAAUUGUGGGCUCAAAGAGGACAGCAAGGUGCACAGUGGAAGAAAGUGGAAGUGUUUUUAGGCGUUCAAUCACAUAUACAGAUUGUCUUUAGGGCAAAGCGUGGUAUCAGUUACAUGGGAGAUGUAGCAGUGGAUGAUAUUUCCUUUCAAGAUUGUGCCCCCCUGCUUAGCCCAGACAGGAAGUGUACUGCUCAAGAAUUCACAUGUGCAAACAAGCAGUGCAUUGCAAAGGACAAGCUGUGUGAUUUUGUGAACGAUUGCGCUGAUAAUUCAGAUGAAUCUACUUUCAUUUGCAGUACCUCCAGUGGGCGCUGUGAUUUUGAAUUUGACCUUUGCUCUUGGGAGCAGGAGCAGGAUGAUGACUUUGACUGGAAUCUGAAAGCUAGCAGCAUCCCUGCCGUAGGCACAGAGCCAGCUGCUGAUCACACCUUACGAAACUCCUCUGGUCAUUACAUCUUCAUAAAGAGCUUGUUUCCUCAACAGCCCAUGAGAGCAGCCAGAAUUUCCAGCCCAGUCAUAAGCAGAAGAAGCAAAAACUGCAAGAUAAUUUUUCAUUAUCACAUGUAUGGAAAUGGCAUUGGGGCACUCACCUUGACCCAGGUAUCAGUCUCCAACCAAACAAAGGUCCUACUUAACCUCACUGUAGAACAAGGCAAUUUCUGGCAGCGGAAAGAACUAUCACUGUCUGAUGAUGAGGACUUCCAACUCAAAUUUGAAGGUCGAGUUGGUGAAGGACACCAUGGUGAUAUUGCCCUGGAUGACAUUGUGCUUACAAAGAGUUGUCUAUCACCCCAGUUCUCCAUGAAAGAAGAACUUGCAGCACCUCUUCCAACAGGCUGCCCUCCUGGCUAUCGGGAAUGUCAGAAUGGCAAAUGUUAUAAACCAGAGCAAAGCUGUAAUUUUGUAGAUGACUGUGGAGAUGAUACGGAUGAAAAUGAAUGUGGUACCUCCUGUACUUUUGAGAAAGGCUGGUGUGGCUGGCAAAACUCCCUGGCUGAAAACUUUGAUUGGGCUUUGGGAGUUGGCUCUCAUCAGGGCCUAAGACCUCCCGAAGACCACACAGUUGGAAACAAAAAUGGGCACUUCUUGUAUCUGGAGGCUACUCCAGUGGGCCUUCAGGGCGAAGAAGCACACCUCAGGAGUGCCGUGUGGCAGGAAUCCAGCGCUGCCUGCACCCUAAGCUUCUGGUAUUUCAUAUCUGCAAAAGCCCCGGGGUCCAUUCAGAUCCUCAUUAAGACAGAGAAAGGACUGUCAAAAGUAUGGCAAGAAAGUGAGCAGAACUCUGCUGAUCACUGGCAACGGGCUGUCAUCCUGCUAGGAAAGCUAAGGAAUUUUGAAGUCCUAUUCCAAGGCAUCAGAACAAGGGAUCUGGGAGGAGGACCUGCGAUUGAUGACAUUGAAUUUAAAAACUGCACGACUGUGGGAGAGACUUCUGAGAGUUGCCCGGAAGCCACUGAUUUUUUGUGCCACGACAAGAAGUGUGUUGCAUCCCACCUUGUCUGUGACUAUAAGCCAGACUGCUCUGACAGGUCUGAUGAGGCUCACUGUGGCCAUUAUACAAGCACGGCAGGAAGUUGCAAUUUUGAAACUUCAGGAAACUGGACCACAGCCUGCGGUCUUACUCAGGACUCUCAAGAUGACUUGGACUGGGCCAUUGGCACCAGAAUUCCUGUCGAAACAUCUAGUCCAGACAUUGAUCACACCCCAGGGAGUGGACAGCACUUCCUGUCUGUCAGCUCAUCUGGACCCAAAGAAGGACACAGGGCGAGAAUCACUACUUCCCAGUACUUUCCAGCAAGCCUCGGAGUGUGUACUGUUCGAUUCUGGUUCUACAUGGUUGACCCCAAGAGUAUGGGGAUAUUAAAGGUAUAUACCACUGAGGAAUCUGGACUAAACAUCCUCGUGUGGUCAGUGAUUGGAAGCAAAAGAACUGGUUGGAUGUAUGGGCAUGUCCCUCUCUCCAGUAACAGUGCAUUUAAAGUGGCAUUUGAAGCUGAUUUGGCUGGAAAUGAGGAAAUCUUUAUUGCCCUUGAUGACAUCACUUUCACCCCAGAAUGUGUCUUUGGAGGUCCUGUGGCACCUCAGCCAUCACCCUGUGAAACCGAUCAGUUUUCUUGUAUCUACACACUCCAGUGUGUCCCUCUCUUGGGGAAAUGUAAUGGACAGGAAGACUGCAUAGAUGGCUCUGACGAAAUGGAUUGUUCUCUCAGCCCCCCUCCUCAGCGCUGUGGUCAAAUGGAGUUCCAGUGCUCGAACAACGAGUGUAUCCCAUCCCUCCUGCUAUGUGAUGGAGUGCCCGACUGUCAUUUUAAUGAGGAUGAAUCCCGCUGCUCCAAUGGGAGCUGUUCUGAUGGUGCAUUGAAGUGCACUUCUUCUAAUAGCUGUAUCCCAGUUCAUGAGCGCUGUGAUGGUUUGGCCAACUGCAUGGAUUUCCAGCUUGAUGAGUCCAGCUGCUCAGAGUGCCCAUUUGGUUACUGCAGAAAUGGUGGGAAUUGUGUAGUGGAGAAGAAUGGUCCUGUGUGUCGAUGUGGACAAGGAUGGAACGGCAAUCGAUGCCACAUCAAGGUUAACACUUCCCCUGCAGAUUUCACAUACAGUCAGAACAAUAUAUGGGCAUUCCUGUGCAUUGGAUUAGCUUUCCUGAUGAUUCAUACUAUAAUUGCAGUUGUGUGUUUUCUUGCAAACAGAAAAGUACCAGUCAGGAAAACUAAAGGAAGUGUUAACUGUGCAUUUGUUAAUCCGGUUUAUGGGAACUGGAGUGACCCAGAGAAAACAGAGAGUUCUGUAUACUCCUUCUCAAAUCCAUUAUAUGGCACAACAUCAGGAUGCCUGGAGACCAUAACUAAUCAUCUGAAAUAGUACCAUCCAAAUCAAGUAUGAUCUAGGAUAUGUAGUUUGUAAAAUCCUACUCUGAAACCUGACAGAAACUCAUCUUAUGCAAUAGUAAAAAUAGAAGGGAUUCAGAAUACUAGUGUAAUUAUUAUGUUUAUAAAUAAAUUUUCUUACUGAAUAUAUUAAAUGUUUUCAUGGAAUCUGA